AUGUCUCACGAAGGUGAAGAAGAUCUCCUUGAAUAUUCUGACUCUGAAGAAGUCACCAACACCAAGCCAACUACCACCGAAGGUGGCGAAGAAGCUGGCGAAAGUGGAGAAGCUGAUAAGAAGGGUUCCUACGUUGGUAUUCACGCCACUGGGUUCAAGGACUUCUUGUUGAAGCCAGAAUUAUUGAGAGCCAUUGUGGAUUGUGGUUUUGAACAUCCAUCUGAAGUUCAACAAGUUUGUAUCCCACAAUCUAUCUUGGGUACUGAUGUUCUUUGUCAAGCCAAGUCUGGUCUUGGUAAGACCGCUGUCUUUGUUCUUUCUUCCCUUCAACAAAUUGAACCAGUUGAUGGUGAAGUCAGCACUCUUGUCAUUUGUCACACUCGUGAAUUGGCUUACCAAAUUCGUAACGAAUACACUCGUUUCUCCAAGUAUAUUCCAGACAUCCGUACUGCUGUCUUUUACGGUGGUACCGACUACAAGAAGGAUGAAGAAUUGUUGAAGAAUAAGGAAACUUGUCCACACAUUGUUGUUGCCACUCCAGGUAGAUUAAAGGCUCUUGUUCGUGACAAGUACUUGAGAGUUAACAACAUCAAGAAUUUUAUCAUUGAUGAAUGUGACAAGGUUUUGGAAGGUAUUGAUAUGCGUCGUGACGUGCAAGAAGUUUUCAAACAAACUCCACACCAAAAGCAAGUUAUGAUGUUUUCUGCCACUUUGUCCCAAGAAAUCAGACCAAUUUGUAAGAAGUUCAUGCAAAAUCCUUUGGAAAUUUACGUUGACGAUGAAGCUAAAUUGACUUUGCACGGUUUGCAACAAUACUACUUGAAGUUGGCUGAAAAUGAAAAGAACCGUAAAUUGUCUGAUCUUUUGGACUCUUUGGAAUUCAACCAAGUUAUCAUCUUUGUUAAGACUACCAACCGUGCUGAACAACUCAACCAAUUGUUAUGCUCCUGCAACUUCCCAUCCAUUGCCGUUCAUUCUAACAUGCCUCAGGAAGAACGUAUCAACCGUUACAAGUCUUUUAAGGAAUUCAACAAGAGAAUUUGUGUCAGUACUGAUGUCUUUGGCCGUGGUAUUGAUAUCGAACGUAUCAACGUUGCCAUCAACUAUGAUUUGCCAAAUGAAGCUGAUCAAUACUUGCACCGUGUUGGUCGUGCUGGUAGAUUCGGUACUAAGGGUUUGGCUAUCAGUUUUGUUGCCAAUGAAGAAGACGAAAAGAUUUUGGAAAAGAUCCAAGAAAGAUUUGAUGUUAAAAUCACUGAUUUCCCAGAUGAAGGUGUCGACCCAAGUACUUACAUGAAUACCUGA